AUGUCCGGAAUCUCUUACGAUGCUUCUGGUAACCUGGUCUACAAACAAGAUGAUCAGACCAGCUUUGUCUACAACUCUGGCGAUAUUUCUUGGGUCCUGGCAUGUACUGCACUAGUUUGGAUCAUGAUACCAGGGGUCGGGUUUUUCUAUUCGGGUCUCUUAAGGCGUAAAAAUGCUCUCUCUAUGAUAUUUCUUUCGAUGGGUACCAUUGCUGUCGUAUCAUUCCAAUGGUGGUUCUGGGGGUUUUCUCUCACCUUCUCUGAAGGCGCUGGCCUCUUUAUCGGUGAUCUGAAACAUUUUGCUUUGCGGGAUGUCCUCGAGAAGCCCUCCGUCGGUAGCAGCAGGAUCCCCAGCAUCGUGUUUUGUGUCUACCAGUUGAUGUUCGCUGCAAUCACACCUAUGCUUGCACUUGGAGGCUUUGCAGAACGCGCUCAUCUAGGUCCUGUCCUUGUCUUCGUUUUCAUCUGGUCAACGGCAGUUUAUGAUCCUAUCGCUUGCUGGACGUGGAACCCCCAUGGAUGGUCCUUUGUAAACGGCUCGUACGACUUUGCCGGCGGUACUCCCGUCCACAUUUCUUCGGGGGCAGCUGCUCUUGCCAUAUCUAUUUAUCUGGGCAAGCGACGCGGAUACGGUACCGAAGCACUAGCAUACAAGCCUCACAACACAAGCUACGUCGUUAUCGGAACCAUAUUCCUCUGGUUCGGUUGGUUUGGCUUCAAUCCGGGUUCUGCCCUCAGCGCCAACUUGCGAGCGGCUAGCGCAUUCAUUGUUACCAACCUAGCCGCCUGUGUCGGUGGCUUAACCUGGAUGGCUUGGGACUAUCGGAUUGAAAGAAAAUGGUCUGCAGUUGGAUUUUGCUCGGGCUCCAUUGCGGGACUCGUAGCUAUCACUCCAGGCUCAGGAUUCGUCGGCUCUCCUGCCUCUGUGUUGUUCGGAUUCAUGGCUGGCACUGUCUGCAACUUCGCUACACAGAUCAAAUUCUUCGCUGGCUACGACGACUCGCUCGACGUUUUUGCCUCGCACGCUGUUGGAGGGAUUGUGGGCAAUCUCCUCACUGCGAUCUUUGCGCAACGCAAAAUUGCUGCAUACGGUAAUCCUCCUCCCCCCAAAAUGGAAAUGUUCGCUGACUGCCUACACAAAGACGGUUUCACUGUUAUCCCUGGUGGCUGGCUCGACCAUCAUUGGAUCCAACUUGCUUGGCAUGUCGCAGAUUCUGCUGCCGGUUUGGCCUACUCUUUCGUCGUGACUACCCUCAUUCUUUGGAUUAUGCAUUAUAUCCCUGGACUUCGUCUUCGUGUCUCGGAGGCUGCAGAAAUGGUCGGCAUCGACGAGGCUGAUAUGGGUGAAGCUGCCUACGAUUGGGUCACCGCUCCCGUCAUUUCUGACACGGAAACGGUCCGUUCACUCGUUCCUCAUACCGCGACAGCCAUGAACAUGGACCCUCACGCCGAAAACUAUUAUUUGAAGGAGCGCAAUAGCAAUUCACGUAGAUCUUACAUCAGCGCAUGA